AUGACUCGCUUUGGUUUCCUCUCUCUGGCUUUAUGCUCUCUCCAGGCCUUCGUUGGCGCCGGCCUUGCUGCUGGUACGGAGAAUGCUGAACCAGAAGCCGUUGCUCUGUCUGUUUCGGCCCAGGCAUCUUUCCCUGCGUCCGAGAUCUUCGGCGUCAAGCUUGUCAAUGGUCACCCGACUCAGGCGCUGAUCGCCGUUUCCAACGAUGAGCCGAAUCCUAUUACAGUUAACUUCGUUGGAGGUAGUCUUCGCAGCCUCAAUGAUCAGGCCACCAUUGUCCGCAACUUGACUGCUACUCGCUACGCCAUCGAGGUCCCCGCUGGCUCCAAGGAGACCAUCAGCUACAGCUUCGCGACUGAGAUGCACCCCCAGGAUCUCCAGCUGACUCUUUCCGCCAUCGUUACCGACAGCGAGGGCCGUCUGGCUCCUAUCGUUGCCCACAAUGGCACUGUUAGCAUCGUCGAGGCGGAUACCAGCAUCUUUGACCCUCAGAUCUUGUUCCUCUACUUCUUCCUGUUGGCUUGUGUUUCUGGCACCGGUUACUUCUUCUACACUGUUUGGAUCGCCCCCUACUUCCCCCAGAAGCGCAAGUCCGGAAAGUUCACCGAGAAGCGCACUCAGGGUGCCUCGAAGCGCGCUGUGACCCCGGUCACCGAGGAAACUUCCAGCGGCGCCGCUGCCUCUUCUGCAACUGCCUACAACGCUGAUUGGAUCCCGUCCCACCACAUCAACCGCCCCGAGGCCCGGAAGGUCAAGGGCCGCUCUAAGGCCCGUGCGUAA